AAAGACGACGUCAAAAGCAUCAAAAGUGCGGUUACAUAUCAACUAUGACGUAGUAAACACGUUUCAGCUUUGAAAUCAAAACUAACUUACGCCAAACGAACCCCUAAGCUCUCCAAUCCCCUCGUCAAGAAAAGUGGCUUCCGCAAGGGAUUCAACAAUAUGAACCAUGUAUGGCUGCUCUCUCUCUGUCACUAUUUCCUUUUUCGGCACGAGGUUUUUGCUUCUUUCUUGGGGCGCAACUUUGGUUUCGGCCAAUCACGAGCGAGUUCCCUCAAAGCUCCGCCCCUUGAUUUUCUUGACGAGAAAAGGGAACUCGACUCUUGCUAAAGAUCAUUUCGAGGGUGGAACAACAAACAGCAUGGACAAUAUUUCGGUGGACAAUUCAGUUUUUUCCAACGACAUCAAGGACUUGUCCAAUACCAGUGGAGAUUGUGCUGGUAAUCUCUUGUGCAUUGUGUGCGGAGACGUGAGCUCAGGAAAGCAUUAUGGGAUCCUUGCGUGCAAUGGAUGCUCAGGCUUCUUCAAAAGGAGUGUCCGUCGGAGACUCAUUUAUCGGUGCCAAGCUGGAACAGGAACCUGCAUGAUUGACAAAGCCCAUCGAAAUCAAUGCCAGGCGUGUCGCCUCAAGAAGUGUCUCAACAUGGGCAUGAAUAAAGAUGGUAAGGGAGUAUUGAAGGACGCGCUCAUCGGUGUUUUCUCGAUUCAAAGUCUUGAGUACCCAUUUACUCCAGCGGUUCAAAACGAGCGCCAACCGAGAAACACGGCCACUGUCAAACCAGAAUCCUUGCCUGGCAUGGAAUCCGAGAAGAUCAUGAGGGAGACGGUCGGAGCAUUCGGACAAACUCAAAGGGACUCUUUUCACGCGUUAAGGAUUCCUAUGGGUUCUGGGUUUGGGCCCAUGGGUCCACCUUGUUUAGGCAAGCCAUUCUCGACUUCUCCAACAUAUUCUCAAAAAGAUUUCUUCCAUAAGCAAAGUGAACUUUUUCACCGGGAUGAACGGCGAGACGAAGACGACCCUCUGCUGGCUUCAAUCCCACAUUAUGGUAGUCCACCCGAAAACAAUCACGAAAUAUGUGCCCGACUACUUUUCAUGGCAGUCAAAUGGACGAAAAAUCUAACCUCCUUUGUCAGUCUGCCUUUCCGAGAUCAGGUUACGCUGUUGGAAGAAUCGUGGUCCGAGCUUUUCCUCUUGUGUGCCAUUCAGUGGUGUUUGCCCUUGGAAAAGCCAUCACUAUUCUCUUUAUCCGAUUUUGAAGUUGUUUCCACCGAAACGAGCGACCUGCUCCACCAUUUGUCCUUAAUUUUUGGCCGAUUUAAAGCUAUGGGUGUGAACCCUGCUGAAUUCGCUUGUAUGAAAGCCAUUUUGCUUUUCAAACCCGAGACAGUUGGGUUGAAAGACACCACUCAAGUGGAAAAUCUUCAAGACCAAGCUUUGAGCAUGUUGAGAAGUCACAUUGAGAGUGGUCCCAAUCAUUCUCAGACGAGAUUUGCCAGAUUGCUGAUGCUUCUAGUAAAUCUGAGGGUUGGAAUUGGAAGCAAAGUGGAGAAGACAUUCUUUGAGAAGAUCAUUGGUAGCGCCAAAAUGGAGAAGCUCCUUUGCGAUAUGUUCCAAUCUUGAUUGCAUGAAUAAAUGAAAUAUUGUGCUAACAGGGGCUGACAUUGAUUUUUUUUGC